GAAUUUUGGCAACAAAUCAGCAUCAGUUCAUUCAGAGCCUUCAGCGCAACACAACCGAGCAGUGAAGCAUACAGCUACCACAUCUAAAAAAUACAUAAAUGGCAUUCAAAUUCUUGGCCGUCGUAGCUUUUCUGGCAGUUGCCAGUGCACAGCACUACGAUCCGCACCAUUACCAGCCACAGUACCACCAGUAUCACCAUGAACCAGCCGUAGUCAAGACUAUCCAGCCCGCUCUUAUCAAGACCGUCCAGCCCGCUCUGGUCAAGACCGUCAAGCACGUCGAAUACCCAGAAGCCCCGGCCGAGUACCAGUUCCAAUACUCCGUGCAUGAUGACCAUACUGGAGACAUCAAGAGCCAGCAGGAGGAACGUCACGGUGAUGACGUCAAGGGACAGUACACUCUGAUCGAUGCCGAUGGCCACCGUCGUGUGGUUGACUACACCGCCGAUGAGCACAACGGAUUCAACGCCGUCGUCCGUCGUGAGCCUCUGGAGGGACACAAAAUCGUCAAGACGAUCGCUCCAGUUGCCAAAGUGAUUGCUCCUCUGCCGGUCGCCAAGGUAUACAGCGCCCCGAUCACUAAGGUCGUCGCCCCUCAGGUCCAUUACAGCCACCAGCCUCAUUACGACCAGCACUAUUAAGCGAACAUUAGAUCGAUAAGACGGCGCUUCCAAUUACCGAGCGAAUUCUAGCGAACCAACUCUCUAUUUUCAUCCUCAUCUUAUGCUGCCUCAUCUUCCAUUCAUGCUAGCUCAAUUGUAAUGAAAAUACAAUGUAAAUAAAAUAUCAAAUGUAUAAAAACUAAA